UCUAGGGUGGAAACAAAGUACUAGUUGCCAUUUUGACUUUAAACUAGAAUAUCCUUAAUUAAGCAGACUGAACCAGUGAGUGGAGAGUUUUCUUUGAUCACAGUUUUAAAUAGUUAUGGUUUCAUGGGUCCAGUUUUAGUAUUUAGAAGUCACCCUGUAUUUCAGUGUUGAUCUGAUGAAACUGAAAUGAUGAGGAUGAUUUAAAAAUGUCAAUAUAUAUUGGGGGCCCGCACCAGGGGACUGCCAUGGAGCAGGCACCUUCCUAUACACCCGACUCUAAGGCGCCCCUUGAGAUACUGAUGAGGGUGCAGAUGUGGAUCUCCUCGGAGUUUAAGAACCUCUCCUCCACAAUCCUCAACGAUUCAAACUCGGAUCAGUAUCUCAGGAUUGUAAAAACAUCUCCGCAUCCUGUUCUCAUCACACAAUCUAGUGUUCAUCUUAUCUGCAGGGUUGACGCUGACAUGCAUAUCCUGUGUCAGCUGCAGGCCUUCAACUCUAUAAUUAUUCAAGAGGUGGCAGCAUCGUUGGAGGAAGAGUACGAGGACCUGAAGAACCUGUUGACUCUGAUAAACAACCAGCAAACUAGUAUAUGCAGGGGUAUACCGGAGGAAAAACUGGUUACCUGGGCGUCCAGGAAGAAUCUGUCCCAUAUCUUGAUAGAGAGGUUCAUGAGCAGGGUUGUUUUUAGGGAGAGAAGUUGUACAUAUGUUAUCCUAGAAACAGAUCAGGCAGAUAUAUGCAGAUCCUGUGCUCUGCUUCUAUCCACUUCGAGUUUAGACUUACAUGGUGAUGAGGAGCUGGAGUGCCCGCAGCCGGACUGUGAUAGAACGUUUAAAUAUCAGGGUGCUUUAGAGAAACAUAUUCAGAAACAUGCAGACGAGGACGCUGAUUAUCCUGUCCUCGAUAAGCAGCUGAAACAAGAGGACAACCUCAAUCAUAUCAAACUGGAACCGGAGGUUAAGCUUAACGAAGCCAACGGAGUGGACGACAACGAUUUCUUGGAUCGUUUGCUAGACGAUCUGGACUAUCCUAUAGAGGAGAGGAGACGGAAGAAAAAGAAAAAGAAACCGCCGACGAAAGACUUCUCCUGCAGUGAUUGCGGGAAAGCGUUCUACUUCCAGAAGAACCUGUUCACGCACGUGGUGGAGGUUCACGGAAAGUCAGUCGACGAAUUACCAAAUCUUGCCUUAGUGAAGUCCGAGGAUGGAAUUAUUAGACGUAGAAAGAAGAAGAAGAAAGGAGGUAAAGGGAACAGUGUUUAUUGCGACGAGUGUGGAGUAACAUUUAAAUUUGCAAGCGGAUUAUACAACCAUAGAAAGAGAAUGCAUGGAGAUAUAGAGAAACGACCCUGUCCUCAUUGUGAAAGAUUAAUCAAAAGUUGUACAAUGGAUCAACAUAUCAGAGAGGAACAUGGAACACCUAGGUAUGCAUGUCAAUUCUGUGGUAAAGGCUUUUACUAUAAGAGCUUUAUGUUAAACCAUCAACGCCUUCACACGGGGGAUUACAAGGAAUGUAUUUGUGAUCUCUGUGGAGCUGUAUAUAAAAGUGUUCAGGUUUUGAAUCGGCAUGUUCGAAAUGCCCAUCAGGAUCUCAGAAAUCAUAAAUGUGAUCAUUGUGAGAAAGCGUUUCACAACAAACAGCGCUUGGAAAGACACAUAAACAGUCAGCAUACAAAAUCAAGACUUUGGCCUUGUCCUGUUUGUCAUUCAAAAUACGACAGAAAGGACAAUCUUCGAACCCAUAUCAGGAAGAAUCACAGCGGUGUGAUUAACCCCGACACGGUGGAGUUAAGCUCGGUCGAGAACGAAGCAGGUUUCGAUCUCGGAAGGAAACCUAGAAAUGGAUCUAGUCAUUUAAUAUCACAGGCAUUUUUUAUGAACGCAGAUCGAGGAAAUGUAUCAGUAUCCCAGGACCGUAACCAGCUACCUGGUCAGCAUAGAAAUUCGUCCAUGCAGGGACAGGAGAGAAGCAUGCAUGACGCACAUGACCUCUUGCACUUAAAGUACAGUGAUGACGCGCAUUUUCGCGAACAUGAUCAGAUUAAGCGCGAGGAUGUAAGCGCACAUCAGUUGAGAAUCCCAUUUGAAAGUUCGAUGAUGCGCCAAGAUCAAGGAUUCGCGCGUCUUACACAACGUGACGAUUUCCUGCCGGCAAAACAGGAACCAAUAGAAUCUAGUAUACGACUUAGUGUUCAUUCUCCACCAAUGAGAGACGUAGUAGCGGCAGUACGGGACAGUGCUGUUCCGGUACGUGACGUCAUGGCGGCGGUCCGGGACACCAUGACUCCUAUGCAGCAUCCAGUUCAUACACUUGCACAAACCAUUCAUCACAUUCAGAAUAGCUAUGCAUUUCCAGGCCUUCACGGUCCACCCAUUUAAAUUGGUUUAUUUGCAUCACGCCUUACUGAGUUGUCAUUGUUAGUUAAGUCGAGAGUAUAACUUGUAUCAAAGGACUGAUUAUUGUAUUUUAUUUUUUAUUUCUCACAAUUGUUCACAAAAACGUCACAUCAGUGCUUCCGUUAUGCUAACUUCCGAUACACCUAAAACCUCACUAUACGUAUUUUAAACUUUUUUACAAAAUGUUUACUUUCUUGUCAUAUAUCUAUACUUUCUCUUUGUGGCAUUAUUUUUUAUUUGUACAAAAAUUGCAUUGAAAAAUUCUUUAUUGUGUCUUUAAUCCAUGGGCUUUAAACUGUGAACAGUCUUUCUUUACAGA